AUGAGUGAAUCUUUAUCAACUUCAAAUAAUAAUGCAAGUAAUCCUAAUUCUCUUAAAAUCAUCGUACUUGGUGAUAGUGCUGUUGGUAAAUCAAAAUUAUUAGAACGUUUUCUUGUUAAUUCUUAUGUUGGUGCACGAUAUUCAACAUAUGCUGUCAAUAUUUUUAAACAUACAGCAAAAGUUGAUGGAAAACCACUUGAAGUUGAAUUUUGGGAUACAGCUGGACAAGAGAAAUUUGAUAAUAUUCAUCAAUCAUAUUUUCAUCAAGCACAUGCUUGUAUUAUGAUCUUCGAUGCUACACGAAAAAUCACCUAUAAAAAUUUAGAUCGUUGGUAUACUGAAUUACGUGAUAUUCGUCCACAUAUUCCAUGUUUAUGUGCUGUCAAUAAAAUUGAUACAGCUAUGGAAAUAACAAAAAAGUCAUUUUCAUUUCCAAAAAAACAUGAUAUGCCAUUAUAUUAUGUUUCGGCUGCUGAUGGUACUAAUGUAGUUCGACUUUUUCGUGAUGCUAUUCGUCUUGCUAAUGCUUAUCGAUCGGGUGAUACAGCAGAUUUUAUUGAUCAAAUUUUACGUGAACUUGAAGACCAACGAACAUAUGAUAAUAUAUCACAAACAAUUGAUCCAUCAUCACAUUAUUAUGAAAAUCAUAAUAUAGAUACGACUUUUUCAUCAGAUAAUAGUUUAAAUAUAAUACUUAAUUCAUCCAAAUCAUCAAUAUCAACAUGUUUUGGUAAUCGUCAUCAUAAUUUAAAUUGUUUUUCUAAUCAUAAUAAUCAACGUUAUGAAAAAAAAUAUAAAUUUUGGUUAAACUUAAUUCUAGCCGAAGAAUGGAAUUAUUUUUAUUUAUUAAAAGAUAAAUUUCAACCAUAUAAUGAACAAGAAAAACAUAUUAAACGUAUAAAUUCAACAUCAAAAUUAUCAUCUAUUCUUGUUAUCUAUUUAAAUUCAUUUAUACCAUAUAAAUCAUCAUCAUCAUUUAAUCGUAGAUUAUGUCUUAAUCAUUAUGAACGUCUUCAUUGUCUUUUUAAUUCACUAUUUGAAGUAAUUAUUUUUGAAAAUGAAUAUAAUUUAUGUUUAAAUAUAAUUCAACGAAUAACUUAUUUAAUUAAUAAAAUGAAAGAUCAACAAUAUGAAAAUAUAUUUAUUCAAUUUCCAUCAUAUAUUCAACGUACACUUAUACUUUCAUCUAUGGAUAAUUAUCAAAGUGUUAAUAUUAUGUCAAAAGAUAAAUAUACACUAAUAGAAUGUAUACAACUUCAUUUAAUAUUAGGUAUUAAUAUUCAACAAGAUAAACAUUUACUUGUUUUAUCAGUUGAACAACCACAAGGUUCAAAUACAAUUCAUAAUUAUCAUUUUGCUCAUCCUGAUAGAUCUAUUAUUAAUGAAUGGUAUCAAUUAUUAGAUAAAUAUGUGAAACAAGCGAAAUGUGAUUAUAUGAACAAGUAUCAAGAAUAUCGCAUCUAA